UCGCAUCAUGGCUAUUGAUCAGACGAAUGUUAACUUACCAUUUUUUAAAAAAAUGAAAUAGCCUUAAAACGUAUGUCCCAGUAACCAACUGUUUUCCGCUAGCAAACAUUAGCCAUCGCGGGCUUUCUUCGUUUCUAUAGUAACUGUAGUGACAAGCCACGGUGCAUUCAUGGUACAGCCAGCUAACAAGGUACAUAGCAAUUGUUCUUACCAUCGAAAGAAAGUUUAACCACUGCAAGCUACACCGGUCUAGCAACAUGUUUACAAAAAUACUAAAUUCAAAAGUAAUUACAUUAUACAUCGUAUAAUUUAGUUGCCAUACAAGUUAAAGUCACCACACAAUUAGCUGAACGAGUGAAUAUGUGAAUAUGAAAAGGGUUUGUGUAUGGGGAAACUGUUGACUUCUUUUGAAACUGUAAAAGGACAUGGUGCUCCUAGAUUGUCCAAGUAGCAAUUUUACACUACACACGAAUUUACUUAUUCACGUGUGGAACUACGGUAUAGAAUCAUAAAUAUCUUCUGCUCUACCCAUGGAUGUAUCAAGAGAAAGAGAUUGUUUCAUGCGUCAUCUAGUGGUAGUCUGAUGGUAUAAUGGUGGCCGAUAUUCCCUAAUUUUUAAAAUUCCGAGUGGCUGGGAACGCAACCUCUGAACCGUUUGCUUUACCCGGAACAACAACAAUAACAAACUGAGUCUGUAAAGUAACACGAAGUAUAUCAGGUACAUCACUGUCGUUUUUAUAGUAUGCGUUUAGUUUGUUUUUUAUGUUAAUAGUUAUAUCCCCUCGACUGUACGGUUUGGACUGUAGUUGGUCAUAACUUCAGUGCCUCUUAAUCAAAGUAUUUCUCCAUGGCUUCCUCUGCUCCACUGAGACUUUAUAUGAAUGAUAACGGACCAUUAAUCUUAGAUGGCGGACUUGCAACUGAACUGGAAGCACACGGAGCCAAAUUACAGGGAGAUCCUUUGUGGAGCGCCAGGCUUUUGCAGACAAAUCCCCAGGCCAUAAAAGAUGCUCAUUACAGGUUUCUCCUCAGUGGUGCUGAUGUUAUCACAACAGCUACAUACCAGGCAAGUGUUGCAGGUUUCAUCAGUCACCUGGAGGUGAGCCCUGAACGCGCCAGAGAGCUGCUGAUGUCUGGAGUUCAACUGGCCAAAGACGCUGUGGAGACAUUUGUCUCUGACACUCGUCCAACAGGGCAGAGGAGUCCUCUGGUGGCCGGCUCUGUUGGACCGUACGGGGCUUUUCUGCACAACGGCUCCGAGUACACCGGGGCUUAUGCAGAAGACAUGAGUGUUGAAGAGCUUAAAGAUUGGCAUCGGCCGCAGAUGGACAGCUUAGCAGCAGCAGGAGCUGAUCUCAUUGCUUUUGAGACAAUCCCCAGUAUCAAAGAGGCCGAGGCUUUACUGGAGCUGCUCAGGGAGUUCCCAAACUCUAAAGCCUGGCUCUCCUUCUCUUGUAAGGAUGGGAAGUGUAUAUCAGACGGCAGCGCGUUCACACAUGCAGUUCAGGUUGCUAACAGAUCCACGCAGCUGGUCGCUGUUGGAGUCAACUGCUGCUCACCAGCGCUGGUGGAGCCGCUGCUGGACUCUGCCAGCUCACUGCUGAGCCCAGAUAUGAGCUGGGUGGCGUACCCCAACAGUGGAGAGGACUGGGACUCUGAGCAGGGGUGGCUAACCUCAGGGAAAACAUCAGCAUUGAUACCUGAGCUGAGUCACACAUGGAUGAAGCAAGGUGCUGCUCUGAUAGGGGGCUGCUGCCGCAUCUCUCCCGCUCACAUCGCAGAGCUACGGCGAGAGCUGAAAGGAAGUUGCAUAUCUCCGACCUCUGCUGUGUGAUUACACUGAAAAUGUAUCGCUGAGAACAAAGAUGCCUGUUUCAGAAGUUUAUUUUAAAAAAUCUUAAUUUAUUGUAAAAUAAAUAAUAAAUAAAGCACUACAUCAAAUCACACAAUGACAUCUGUGUUGGGACAAAUGGUACCACACAGGUACGGACAGGAUUGUGAGAACAAACUGUGACUGUACAUAAAAAGAUGAAAAUCAA